AUGAAGACCUACGGAGGGCCUAGUGUCACCUUGCUAUUCCUGCAGAUUGGUAGUAUCAUGACACGGUUCACAGCCGCCUCGUCGGCGAUCUAUGGAUCCUCCAGGGCAGCUUCUGAGCUUGCUGAGCAGAAACAAGCACCUACUGCUCUGCUUGUACGGAAUGAUGGUGGUCGCCCAGUACCAUGUUUUGUCAUUGCUGCUCUCCCGGCGCUUUUGAGCUUCAUAGCGCUGUCGGAAUAUGGCAAGUCCGUUCUCGACUAUGCUGCGGAAUCCUCCGGCACUCCAAUGGUUUUUGUCUCCCUGACUAUAUUCGUCGCACAUCUCAAAUCCUCGAAGGAACGUCGAAGGCGGAGACAAAACUCAGUGAAUAAUUUCCGUGGAGGCUUCAUACGCGAAGCAAGUUCUUGGUUUGGAACUUCUUUUUGCUGCGUCGUGGUCCUCUCCUAG